ACCUAUGGUGACGUUUGACGUUCCGCCGUCCACAGAAUCUGAUGCUCAAAGUAGUUGAUGGCCCAUUCGCGAUGACGACCCAGCAAAAUUUACCUCCCCUGCACCGUGGAAUUGUGAAACAAGUCCUUUCUGGGGACUCUGUUAUCAUCAGGGCUUCACAAGGAGCUCCUCCACCAGAAAAGCAAUUGAUUUUCUCUGGCGUAACUGCCCCUAAAUUAGGAAGACGUGCUACCGACGGUUCCGAUGAAACUAAGGAUGAGCCUUGGGCCUGGGAAGCUAGGGAAUUCCUUCGUAAGAAGCUCAUCGGUGAAGAAGUUUUGUUCAGGUGCGAGAAACCGCCAAAUGCUACCCGCGAAUACGGAGUAGUAUAUCUUGGCAAGGAUUUAAACACCGCCGAAAACAUCACCGAGUCUUUGGUGUCAGAAGGUUUUGUUACCGUCAGAAGGACCCAAGACAACUCGCGUCUGUCAGAACUCGAAGAUGCCGCCAAGACCGCUGGCAAAGGAAAGUGGGGUGGAAACAACUCUGAACACGUCAGGGACAUUAAAUGGUCCGUUGAUAAUAUGAGAACUUUCAUUGACAAGCAAGCUGGAAAACCAGUAAAAGCUAUUAUUGAACAUGUACGAGAUGGAUCUACCGUCAGAGCUUUCCUUCUUCCCGAUUUCAACCAUGUUACUUUGAUGAUUUCUGGAAUCCGUUGUCCAGGUUUCAAGUUAGACGACAAAGGAAAACCAGAUCCAAAUACUGAAGUGCCUUUUGCGAAGGAGGCUCGUUAUUUUGUUGAAGUCAGAUUGUUGCAGCGCGAUGUUGAGAUUGUUCUCGAAUCUGUCAACAACAAUAAUUUUGUUGGUACCAUCCUUUACCCCAAGGGUAACAUCGCUGAAUUGCUCCUGAAGGAAGGAUUGGCCCGUUGCGUUGAUUGGUCUAUUGCGUUCAUGAAAUCGGGCGCCGAUAAACUUAGGGCUGCUGAACGGCAAGCCAAGGAAGGCAAGAGGAAGAUGUGGAAGGAUUGGCAAUCGUCUUCUCCUCAGCUUACUGGCAAAGAGAAGGAAUUCACAGCGACCGUCGUAGAAGUUGUUAAUGGAGACGCACUGAUGGUUAAGCUAGCUAACAAUCAAGUCAAAAAAAUGUUUUUGUCUUCCAUUCGUCCACCGAAGGAAGUCGGCCGUGCUGCUGAUGAAGAUGGCAAACCUACUCCAAGACCAAAAGGAUUCCGUCCAUUGUACGAUAUUCCGUGGAUGUUCGAAGCUCGUGAAUUUUUGAGAAAGAAACUUAUUGACAAGAAAGUGCACGUAGUUAUUGAUUACAUCCAAGAAGCUCGCGACAGCUUCCCCGAAAAGACUUGUGCCACUGUUACAAUUGGUGGUGUCAAUGUCGCUGAAGCUUUGGUAUUGAAGGGUUACGCUACUGUAGUCAGGUACAGGCCUGAUGAUGAUCAACGCAGCUCCCACUACGACGACUUGUUAUCUGCCGAAACUAAAGCUAUAAAAUCGCAAAAGGGUAUCCAUGCCAAAAAGGAUAUCCCAUCUCACAGGAUUAUCGAAAUUGAUGCUGUGAAAUCAAAGCAAUAUUUUUCUUCAUUCCAACGUGCCGAGCGUAUUAAUGGAAUCGUAGAGUUUGUGGCCAGCGGUUCCAGAAUGCGCGUUUUCAUCCCCAAGGAGCAUUGCCUUUGCACCUUCUUGUUGGGAGGAAUUAACUGUCCAAGAGGAGCUCGCCCAGCAAUGGGAAAUCAACCUCCAAGUGAAGCCGAACCAUUCGGAGAGGAAGCUUUAGCUUUCACUAAAGAAAAGUGUUUGCAAAAGGAAGUCACCGUUCAAGUUGAAUCUACUGAUAAGGCUGGCAACUUCAUCGGCUGGCUUUGGAUUGAUAACACCAAUCUCUCCGUAGCAUUAGUUCAAGAAGGCUUGGCUAGCAUGCACCCAACUGCCGACCGUUCAAAAUAUUCUCGCGAAUUGAAGAAUGCCGAAGAUAGCGCUAAACAACGCAAAUUGAAGAAAUGGAAGGACUACGUCGAAGAGAAGGAGGAAGAGGAAAAGGUUGAAGAAGAGAGGACAAAUCCUGACAGGAAAGUAAGCUACGAGGAGGUUGUUAUUACCGAGAUUACCAAGGAAGGUACAUUCUUCGCACAAAACUACAACCUCGGAGCUAAAGCGGAAGCUUUGACCACGAAACUUCGUCAAGAAUUCCAAGCUAACCCGCCUCUUCCUGGUGCCUACACACCAAAACGCGGUGACAUCUGCGCAGCUAAAUAUACCGUCGAUGAAGAAUGGUACAGAGCGAAGGUUGAUAAGGUCACAGGAUCUUCCGUUACAGUUUUGUACAUCGACUAUGGUAACAUGGAAACGUUGAACUCUACCCGCCUUGCUAGCAUUCCCGCCAACUGCGCCAGCGAAAAGCCUUAUGCGACGGAAUACAGUCUCGCCUGCGUCAGUCUUCCAAAGGACGUUGAAUAUGCCGACUUAGCCCUCAAAUACAUGCGUGAAGAUACUAUGGGCCGUAAGCUUUUGCUUAAUGUCGAAUACCGUGUACCGGGAGUUCCACCAUGCGUCACCCUGAUGACCGAAGGCCAGGAAGAAGACAUCGCCAAGAAUCUUAUCACCGAUGGACUUCUGCUAGUCGAAAAGAGAAGGGAACGCAGAUUAAACAAAUUGAUGAAUGAAUACAGAGCCGCGCAAGACGCUGCCAAGAAGAAUCAUUCAAACAUUUGGGAAUACGGUGACAUUACCGAGGACGAUGCGAACGAGUUUGGAACACGCUAAACGGGGGACCAUACAGAGCACCGACCGCCUACAUUCGAUUAAAGAGUUAAAAAUAAAAUAAUAUUAUUAAAAUAUUUACCGAGUUGUGUAUUUUGAGCAUUAGGUUUUAGUGAUGCGUUAUUGAUACAACAUUUUAUUAAUCUGAACCAAUGCCAAAACAUUUUAUAUUUUGUAUAAUGUAAAGACAUAACAUGAAUGAUGAUAAUAAUGAUUUUCAAAUAUAUAUUUGGGUUUUCUUGUUAAUUUUUAAUGAUCGCACUUUAGAAUAUUUAGCAAAUGUCUGUAUAGAUAAUUUUGUUUUAUUUUACAUAUAGUUUGUAUUUUCUCAAUCAUU